GACCCAUGAGUAGUUAUCCUGGUAGUACACCUUCAAUUCUUAGUUUCUCAGUUGAUUUAAGGAGAGGGAAGAUGGGGGAGGAUCGAAUUGUUGAUGCACAUAUGUUGAGCCUUCUGUACAACCGUUAUUUGCAAUGGCGGUUUGUAAAUGCAAGGGCAGAUGCUUCCUUCAUGAUGCAUAGACUAAAUGCAGAGAAAAUUUUGUGGAAUGUAUGGGUGACCAUCUCAGAACUACAGCACUCUGUCAUUCUUAAAAGGAUCAAGUUACUGUUGCUGAGACAAAAGUUAAAGCUAACUUCUAUCCUCAAGGGACAAAUUUCAAAAAAGAAAAUCAAAAUGGUUCUUGAUAUCUUUAUCUCCAUCUUCACUGAGGUCAUUAAAGAACCCAUCAUGGAAUUUGUUGUCGUCCCAAUCAAACGACAUAUCAGCUACCCUUUCACCUACAAGAUCAAGGUUGAGAAACUCCAUCAUGAGGCUGGGAGAUUGAAGAACAGAACAGUCAAGUUGCAGCAGGCUGUUGAGGAGGCUACAAGGAAAGGGGAAGAGAUCUAUGAAAGUGUUAACAAGUGGCUGAUCGAUGCAGGCAAAGCUAUUGAAGAAGCUGAGGAAUGUAUCAAAGGCGAAGAACAAGCGAAAAAGAGGUGUUUCGUUGGAUUAUGUCCUGAUUUGAAGACACGCUACCAGCUUAGCAAGAAAGCAGAGAAGAAAGCUCUGGCAAUUCAUGAGCUGGCGAAUGAAGGCGACCUUGAUUCAAUUUCCUUCCGUCCCCCUCUACAGCAGAUAGUUGCCCCGUCAGUAUAUGCUCGUGAGGGCUUGAAUUCAAGAGAGUUGUUCUUGGAGAAAGUUAUGGAUGCACUAUUGCAUCCAGAUCUUAAUAUGAUUGGGGUAUAUGGACUUGGAGGUGUGGGUAAGACCACCCUAGCAAAACAGGUCCAUAGAAAAGCUAUAGAAGAGAACCUGUUCGACGUCGUGGCUAUGGUUGCUGUAAAUCAAACACCAGAACUCCGAAGAAUUCAAUCGGAGAUCGCUGAUAUCCUGGGCUUGAAAUUUGAUGUGGAGGAAAUACCUGGAAGAGCUAAUCGGCUAUAUGAGAGGUUGAAGAAAGAGUUGGAGAAAGAGAAGAAGGAGUUGGAGAAAGAGAAGAAGGUACUUAUAAUUCUUGAUGAUAUUUGGAAAAAACUUGAUUUAAAUGCAGUAGGAAUUCCCUUUGGAGAUGGUUUCAAAGGAUGCAAAAUACUUCUCACCUCAAGGGGACAAGAUGUGUUAUCUCGCGAGAUGGGCACACAGAAAGAAUUCAAGCUCGACGUUCUACAGGACGAUGAGGCCCGGAGUUUGUUUGAAAUAACUGUAGCAGGUGCUAAAGAUUCAGAAUUGCCCCCUAUCGCUGCAGAAAUUGCUAAAAAAUGUGCAGGAUUGCCUCUUCUACUGCUCACAGUGGCGACGGACUUGAGAAAUAGAGAGUUAUACGCGUGGAAUGAUAAGCUCAAUCAGCUAUCCGAGUUUGACAACGAAGAAAUCUAUUUGAAAGUGUACAUGAUUCUGGAGUCAAGCUAUAAUAAUUUGUGUAGCAAUGAAGUCAAGUCGUUUUUCUUGCUUUGUGGUCUGUUAGGACAAUCUAAUAUUGAAAUCCAGUCCUUGCUGAAAUACGUUAUGGGUCUUAGUUUAUUCAAGAACAUUUCCACUGUCCAGGGAGCAAGAAACAAAGUAUAUAGUUUGAUUGAUACCCUUAAAGCGCAGAGCUUAUUGCAAGAUGGCGACAUGUAUGGAUUCGUAAAAAUCCAUGAUGUUGUUCGAGAUACUGCUCUCUUGAUUGCAUCUAGAGAGCAACAUGCGUUUAUAGUUACAAGUGGCAGGGAGUUGAUGAAAUUCCCAAAUAAGGAUUGCACCGGAAUUUCUCUGCCGUAUUGUGAUAUUGAAAAUCUCCCCGAAGGAUGGGAGUGCCCAAAAGCAGAGGCACUACUCCUUUUUACAGAAAUUUUUUCUUUGGGAAUCCCACAUCAGUUUUUCAAGGGCAUUAGAAACCUCCAAGUAGUGGAUUUUACUGGGAUUCAUUUUGUGUCGCUCCCUUCAUCGCUCGCGUUCCUAUCCAACCUUCAUACCCUUUGCUUGCAUCGAUGCCAACUGGACGACUUAGCUAUCAUUGGAGACUUGAAGCAACUACGAGUUCUUAGUUUUGCAAACUCCUACGUUGUUGAGUUGCCCAGACAAAUAGAGCAACUGACUCGACUAAAAGUCUUAGAUGUGAGCAAUUGUUCCAAACUCAAAAUGAUUCCAGCAAAUGCCUUAUCAAAGCUGUCGGAUCUUGAAGAACUGUACAUGAGUAACAGCUUUGUUGAGUGGGAGGCCGAUGGGAACAAUGCAAGCCUUGCUGAGUUGGAAAAGUUGUCUCAGUUGACUACCUCGGAAAUGCAAAUACUGGAUGACAAGAUAUUACCAAAACACUUGUUCUCCAAUGGCCGCUUGCAGAGCUUCAGAAUACUGAUAGGGGAUAACUGGGACUGGGAUGACAACUAUAAAACCUCUAGAACGCUGAAACUUAAGCUCAAGGCAAGCAUUCAUUCAGGAUACGGGAUUAAAGUGCUAUUGAGGGAGACUGAAGAUUUAUGCUUAGAUGAAGUGAGGGAGGCUGAGAACUUGUUGUAUGAUAUUGACGGGGUCGGCUUUCCAAAAUUGAAGUAUCUCCGAGUCCAAAAUAAUCAUGUCAUUCAACAUAUCAUCGAUUCAACAAAGUGGACAGCAUGUGAUGCCUUUCCAAUUCUAGUCUCUUUGAUUUUGGAAAAUUUAAUGAAGUUGGAGAAGAUUUGUCAUGGUUGCCUCACACCAGGAUCUUUUAAUAAAUUAGAAAUUUUACAAGUGAGAAAUUGUUGGAGAUUAACGCAUCUCUUCUCAUUAUCUACCGCCAAGUGUCUUUUGCAACUACAGGAAAUGGAAGUGAGAGAUUGUCCUAAGAUGGAAGCUAUUGUUGUUGAUGAAAGUGAAAACAGUAACGAAGUACUUGAAUUCAAUUGCUUGCGCUCCUUAAAUUUGCGAAAUCUUCCAAAUCUUAGAAGUUUUCACACCAAAGUGAAGGCAUCACCAAAAAUUGAAGAAUUUCUCUCAGAACGGGAGAAUGAUACUCACUUAUCACUUUUCAGCAGAACGGUUUCUUUCCCCAACUUGGAGCAUCUUGAAUUGCAUUCAAUUAGUUGUGAAAAGAUAUGGCACAACCAACUUUCUGCAACUUCUUCAAAAUUAGAGAGACUGUCUGUGAUUGGUUGCAACGAGUUGAAGCAUUUAUUUACAACUUCAAUUGUUAAAAGACUCUUUCAGCUCAAAACACUUCAAAUUUUCUCUUGUACUUCCAUGGAAGAGAUAAUACUAAUGGAGGAAUUUAUAGAAGAGGAAGAUAAGAGGAUGAAUCACAUACUCUUCCCUAUAUUGGAUUGCCUGACACUUCUGUAUCUUCCAAAGUUGAUUAGAUUCUGUACUGGAUAUCAAAUUGAAUUUCAAUCUCUUAGAGACUUGAACAUAAGAAUGUGCGAUGCAUUGAUGUGCUUGGUCCCCAGUGUCCCUCAUACAGGCAUGAUGGAAAAACAAGAUAACACAGAAAUGAAUCAGAGUCAGAAUCAGAAUCAAAAUCAGAAUGCUGAAAUUCAAUCUCUCUUCAAUAGAAUGGUUGGUUUUCCUAAUUUGGAGAGAUUGAGUCUGAUAGGCAUAAAUGAGUUGAAAAGGAUAUGGCACAGCCCAUUGGCAACAAAUUCCUUCUUUAAACUGAAGUCAUUGAAUGUUUCUGAUUGCCACAGAUUGAUGACUGUUUUUCCAUCAAAUGUCUUAGAAAGAUUUCGAAGAAUGGAGGAGUUGGAUGUGAGCAAUUGUGCUUCAUUGCAAGAGAUAUAUCAACUUGAAGGGUUCAAUGUUGAUGAAGCAUUUGAGUUGAGAAGAUUAAAUAUAGGUGGAUUGGGAUCGUUAAAGCAUGUAUGGAGGAAGGAUCUACAAGGAGUUUUCAGUUUUCAAAAUUUGAAAUCAGUUAGAGUUUUAUAUUGCGAUGUUCUAAACUAUUUAUUUUCAGCCUCCAUUGCCGAGAGUUUUUUGCAGCUUCAAGAGCUUACAAUAAUCGAGUGUGGGGUUGAGGAUAUUAUAGCAAAUCCUGAAGAUGUGGAACAAGCUGCUUAUUAUCGUUUUAAAUUUCCUCAACUAACAUCCCUUCAACUUACAGAUCUAUCAAAAUUAAGGAGUUGGUAUCCAGGGACACACAUUUUUGAAUGUCAGAAAUUGACAAGUUUGAAUGUUCGUAAUUGUCACAAAAUAAUAAAAUUCAGUUCCCAAGAAACAAACGAAGAGGGCAGACAACCAAUACUUUUUUUGGAAAAGAUGAGUCCCAACUUGGAGGAAUUGACUUUAGAGCACAAGGACUUGAUUGUGAUACAGCAAGGACAAUUCUUUUCUAAACUCAAAAUGCUUACUUUGACCAACUUACAGAACGAAUCACGCCCUUUCAUAAUUGGUUUCCUUGAAAGAUUAUAUUCUGUGGAAACAAUUUUGGUAGAAGAUUAUAAUUCUUCAGAAGUGUUAGAAGAGUUGUUCUCAUAUGAAGGACUUGCCGGAGAAGAAGAAGAACGUACCAGGACACUUGCACGAGUGAAAAUUUUGAAGCUACAGAGUGUUUAUAAUUUAAAGCAUAUAUGGGACCCAGACUUCGGACUGAAACCACUUCUUCAGUAUCUCGAGACUUUGAGUGUAUAUGGUUGUGAUAGUUUGAUCAACGUAGCACCAUCCUCAUCAUCUUUCCAAAAUCUAGCAACUCUUGAAGUGAGUUACUGUGCAGGAUUGGCAAACUUGAUAACAGCGUCCACAGCCAAGUCCAUGGUGCAACUCACCAAAAUGACAGUACGAAGGUGCAAAAUGAUGACAGAAAUGGUGACCAGCGAUGGAGAUGAUCAUGCAGAGGAUGAGAUUAUUAAUUUCGACAAACUGAAAUGUUUGGAACUUGAUGGUCUGCCUGGUCUCAUCAGCUUUUGCUCCGGCAAUAACGCCUUCAAUUUUCCAGCUUUAGAAAAUGUUACCGUCAAGGGAUGCUCCCGGAUGAAGAUUUUCGCUUUUGGAUAUCUAAAUACACCAAAGCUACGAGGAAUACUCCUGGGAGAUCAACGGCGUUGGGGGGGAAACCUUAAUACAACACUAGCAGAAAUGACAUUUUACCAAUAUUUUAAAGCAUCUGAAUUUCCUGAGCUCUGGCAUGAUAGGAUGCAAGGAAGACUCUUACGCAAUGUAGAAAGGCUUGAGGUGGAUAAAUGUGCAAUGUAUAACAAAAGAAAGGGGCUUUGGAAGGGGUAUCUGCUGAUGAUGGGCUACUUCCACGACUAAAGAAAUUGCAAUUAACAA